UAUUAAUAAAGAUUGUCUUUGAACUCUUGAGACGUAACUAUGACUCGUGUAUAAAUAUCCGAUUCACAAGACUUAGUCAAUGUCUUGUUAUAAUUUCGAGUGUGAGAUUACGAGUUGCGAAUGAUUUACGACUGAAAAUAAGAGAACAAUAUACGAGUUGGCAGCCCUAGUCUCGUCUCACAAACAGUGAAAGCCAAAUCUUUAAUAAUUUUGUCUCCUGCAUAUAAUACUGCACACCAGUAAUAUUUAUACUAACGAUUGCGAAAAAUUUAAACCAACGCAUGAUCGAUCGAUGUUAUAAAUUUUUAUAGGAGCAUGAAGGUGUAAUGGUUGGAGAGAUUUCAUCUCACCACGAUUACGGUGGCAGCAAAUCAUCCAGUGAAACGCCACCAAGUUACAAUCAAUUAAAUUAUAAUGAAAAAAUAGAAAGAUUUUUUAAGAGCAAACCAAUUGUUAAAACUGCUUACGGCAGUGAUGAGGAAACCUUUCAUUUCAAUGCUCAAAGUUCAGAUACAAAUGCGCGGAAAAAUGAUAGUGGCGGCAGCGGAACUGGAGAAAAUUUAAGCCACGAAUCUAUUAAUCUGACCAGCGGAAAAGACGACAUACUUAAUAAUAAUAGUAGUUUAAUUCCAACUGACAAUUUCCGGCCAAUGGCUCUUACUAAAAUGUUGCUUGAAAGACACGAUCAUGAUAUGGAAAAACUUAUGGUUCAAAAACACAAAGAACGUCAGUCAAACAUUAAAACUGGAAAUAUUAGUAAUAAUUGUAAAAACAACAAUAAUGACUGUUAUAGUAAUGAUUUAAAUGUUAAUAAUAAUAAUAAUAACAACAACAACAACAACAACAACAACAACAACAACAACAACAGUAAUAAUAAUAGCGAUGAUAAUAAUAAUGAUAAUAAUAACAAUAAUGAAAUGACUGAAGAGCCUAGCUCAGGAUCCGAAAACGAAAAAAUUCAAGACAAAAGUCGAUAUGGAAAACGUAAUAGUAGCUUAAUUAUCGAGGCUGAAUAUAUUAAGACAUUCAAAUACAGCAAGAAAGCUAAAAUUUGUCCAAAGAAUGGAAAGAGUCUUAGCAUAAAUAAAACAAGAUUUGAAAAGUCACCAAUCGACGAAUCUAUGGACCAAGAUGACAGUAUGUUUAAAUCAAUAGACCCUGAAAAUUCACAACCGUUACCACUCCUAGAAGCCCUUCUCACUAAGCACAAUAAAAAUAUAGAGAAACUGAUGAUACAAGAACACAAAGAUCAAUUGUCAAACUUUAAAGCUGAUAAGAGUAAUAUCAAUCUUAGAAGAAAGCGCGAAAUAUCUGAAGAAUCGGAGCUCAACAGUUCGCUUAACAAAGCGCGUCAUUGGAAUUGUUCUGUUGGACAUUCUUGUAAAAACGAUCUUUUUAAGAUGCCAAAAUACAAUAAGAAAAAUAAAAAUAGCGUUAAAAGUAAUAAUACUGGGCCAUAUAUGAAAACAAAAAUAGAUAAAUUAAUAAUAAAUGAUCCUCGUUCAAAUCUUGGUAUGUGGCCUUUAAUUCAUCACAAUCCAUUGCGGUGUUCUGGUCUAACUCAAAUCUUGCCGAUUUACUACUUGCCUAUUUCACAAUCAGAAUCCGAUUCUCAAAAUACGGAAUCACAAUCAACUCAGCAGCUUCAACAGCAACAGCAACUGCAUCAGCAUCAGCAAGAACAAUACCAGCAAAGUUCAUUUGUAUCGUACACGCCAUCAUUUUCAGGGAUUUAUCAUUCAACAAUUAUUGGAGGCCCAGCAUUUAUUCCGAUGAUUUAUCCCUCGUUAAUGACUCAGCUACCAAAUAAAUCAAACCAUCAGCUAAGAGCCACAUUUUCAUCAGAAAAUUUGUCAAUGGAACAAAACCGUCCUGCAAGUCAAGCUACCAGUGUCAAAGCUGAGCCCGGUAGUAUCAUGGCAAUGUCUGAGUCGUCGAAAAAAUUAUUUUCACCUAGUGCCCAUUACUCGCCGUGUAUCAGCAUAGAAACCAGAAGUGGAGAAAACGAUUCAAGCAUUGAAGAUUCUAGCGACUCCAGUUUUUAUGGAAGUUUUUUGAACACAAGCACUAACAGCAGUUCUAAUCGAGAGCAACCUACUGCCCACGCUGCCCGAUUCCUCGAGUAUAUUACACCCCUUGGGAAGGAAAAUAAGAAAAGCCUCAGAUCACAUGUAAUUGUUGGCCGAGGCGAAGCCGAGAUCAACAAACAUAUAAAUGCAUUGAAAUAUGCUGAAGGCGAGACAAUAAACAGACGUUUCGCAAUGGUAAAUAACCUAAAGAAUAAUAUUGAACAGUACAAUACGGAAGCAGCAACACCAUUACUACCACAAAAAAGUUUACCUUGGUACCACGGUGUAAAGAUGACACCCGAAAUAUCAUACAACUAUCAAAUGACUCCAAAAGUAUUGAGCGAAGUCCUAAAAACCGAUCUCCAGGUCCUCAAGACAUUAAAACAACCUCUUCUCGUCAACGAACAGCUUGAUCAGCUUUACCGUGAUCUCGAGCUAGGGGGCUUUGGCACUAAACUUCUUUUAGAUGACAGUAAUUCGUCGAAUGAUAGUGAACGUACCAACCAGAGCAGCAAAUUUAAUGUUUCAUCUCAGCACAAACGCAUAAGAAGAGAAAUGAAGUACAACAAGUACGCAAUGAUUUAUGAAGAAGAUGCUCCUUUUCCAUCAUCUUAA